AUACUCAUCUUCUAAUUAAAAGUUUAAAUAUGAUACUUUUAUUUUUACACUAAAAAAUCCUUAUUUUAUAUAUAUUAUCUAUCUAUGAGCAAUUAAAUUAGCCUAAAUAACAAUGCUUGAGACUUCACUAAGCCAUGUAGGGCCCAAAAGCUCCUGAAGGGUUCACUAGCUGACAAAAUUCUAUUAACUUUGAACCAACCAAAACACAUGGGUCACACAUAAUAUAUAUAUCUAUAGUUGCACUACUUCCAUAUCUAAUGAACCUUUUAUAUCCAUUAUAUUACACCAGAGGCCUUUCUUCAUGGUCCUCAAUUGAUUGGAUGGCUGUGAUGCAUCCCCAGCUUUUUCUAUCCUGAUCGGAUGGCUAGGAUAAUUGUAUUCUUAGUCCAAAUCUGGUGAGGCCAAUUUGGACUUAGACGAUCGACAAAUAGUCAAAUAGACUAAAGGCAGGGGAUAUAUUAGUCAUUGCAUUUGAGCCAUUCUCUACAUAAAUUGAGAGAGGAGGGAGAGGCCAACCCCUCCACUAGAAAUCAAAUCAGUUAAGUAAAGUCGUUGAAGCUUCUCUUCAUUUGAGUUAGCUCAGAUGCCAAAGUUGCUGAGAUACAGAGGAGUGAGGCAGAGGCAUUGGGGCUCUUGGGUCUCAGAAAUCAGGCAUCCUUUGCUAAAAACUAGAAUUUGGCUGGGGACCUUCGAGACGGCGGAGGAUGCGGCGAGGGCCUACGAUGAGGCGGCCAGGCUCAUGUGCGGUUCAAAUGCGAGGACAAACUUCCCGCCAAAUUCGAACUCGGCAUCGGCCUUAUCGCCGAGCCUUGUUGCGAAGCUGGAGAGAUGCUGCAUUACAUCUCAAGAGGAGAUGAGGAGAGCUAAGGUGGAGAUGGAAGGGGAGGGAGAAGUAUGCAUGGAUGAGGAGUUCAUUGAGGAGAUGAUAGAAGAGCUCAGAUACAAUGGGUCUGUUGAGAUAUCAUCAUCCUCCUGCUCUUCUUCAUCUGCUUCUCUUUUUCCAAAUCCAUAGUGUAAGUUAGGAAUUUGGCUUUCUGGCUCUAUUUUAAGCAGGUUGUAUAGUUUGAGAAUUGUUUAAUUGAGUUGCUUUUGGUGGAUGAAUUACUGAGUGCUGGAAAGAAAAUUUUUCACUACAGAUAUUUGAGUUCAGAUUACAUACAAGGUUUUGUUGCUUUUAUAUUUGGUACAAAUUGAUGUUUCUUUAUAUCUGUAUCAGUGUGUUUCUGUCGUAUUUGUGCAGAAAUCUUGCAGCCAUGUCAAUACGAGCAUCAAUGGUUGUGAAUUUGUUGGUGAAAUUGGAAUUAUAUGCUCCUUGUUUUCUUCUGAAAUGGGUGAUUUCAGUACAUAAUUGUUUAUAUGGAUAUAUUCUUGAUAAACUUUGCUAAUGAAAGUUUUAUAAUUUGGUAAGCUGAUGUUUUUAAAAGUGGAAGAUAAGAUUAGAGA